UGUACGCGAACGUGUGCGCUAGUGUAUGUGUGUGUGUGUGUCCCCGUGCGUGUGUGUGUGUGUUCGUCGCAUUGGUUGCUGUCGUGUGAUUUGCUGCCCUUUUUUUCGGUGCCCCUAUUAUCGUAUUUAGCAAUUUCACCAUCCGACGGGAAGUUCCAGUGCCAAGGCCAAAUAGUCAACAACGCUCACGGCCCUGCAAGUGACUGCGCGGCACCAGCUGCAGCGAUCCUUUCCCGGUGUGCUGCCGCCCUCUCUCACCACACACACUCCACCCGCGGAAAGAGGCGCUCCGUCACGCAGGGCUUUUUCUUUUGUCCGUCGCGCUGCUGUUUAUCGCCAUCGUCAUCCGGAGUGUACACUGCAGUGUCAAAGUGGAUCAUUCCAUCGGUGCGUCGGUUGCUGAAGUGCCCCCGGGUGGCCACGGUACAAGCGCUGCCGGUCGCCAUCGUCGUCGUCGUGGUCAAACCGAGCGCGAGGCUCCGCAACCGCAGGGAGUGGUGGUGGUGCUCGGGUCAGCUGCAGGUCGCAAACGUCGACCGCUUGGGGGCGACAGGUGACAGCUGAAGGUUGUACGCGAGAUAUCGGUAGCCCGGGGGGUGCUGCGGACCGGCCGGCAAGUUGGAUAGAGGAAGGGGACAACGAUGUCCGAUUCGUUCUUUGGGUUUGAUGCGUCCCUGCCCGGCGAGGACGACGAUGGCGGUGGUGGAGGCGGCGGCAGGUCCGGCGGCGGUGGUCGACGCGUGCUGGGCGGAGGAAGCGGUGGCCGGGGAUCCGAUUCGGAGGAGGAGUACGACGCCCUUAACGAUGAAACGUUCGGUCAGGCCCGCCAGGACGAUUGGGAAGAUUUGCACGAGAAUCUGGUGCGAAUGGACCAGCGGGAAGGGGGCGAUGGUGAUUCCGGGGCCGACUCCGAUCUCGACAUCAACUUCUCCUCGGUCGGAAUUGACAACUUCGAGCUGGACAACGAUACGGAACCGGAAGCUCGACUGCAGCUCGAUCCGAGCGUGUGGACGAUGCCCAGCAAACCGGAGACCCCGCGACACAGUGUGCCCUCCGUACCGGCCCCGAUGCCCCCGGCGAUCGUCAGUGCACCGACCCCGCUUCCAGCCACAGAUCGGUUCGGUGCGCCGAUGGGACGGUUUCCGACGAUGCCCAAUGCGGGCCUGCGCAUCUGCUCGCUGGAGGAAAUUGAGCAGAACAUGAUCAAACAGCAGCAGGAACAGAUGCGCCGAGGAAUGACCCCGCUACCUCGCCCUCCGCCAGGCUUUCUGCCGCCCUCCAAUCCAACCCAGGGUGGUAUGCAGCCGCCCCAUCCUCCCGGCUCGAUGCCGCCUCCCUCGCCAAUGAUCCAUCGUCCGCUGCCGAUUCCGAUCGGGUUCCCUUCGCCGGCGCUGAUGGGAGGAGCUCCCGGAGGUCAGCCGUCCGCUCCCGGCGGCCCGAUGGGCGGUCCUCUGUUUCCGCCUACCAACAUGCCGCCACCGAACGGGCAGCCGGGCGGGCCGCCAUUUCCCUUUCCGAUGAACUUCCAGGGUCCGCCCGGGUCCGGGGGAAUGCCUCCCAACAACAACAGCAACAACGGCAACAACAACAACAACAAUAAUGGUGGGAUGAAUAAUAAUGCCAGCUUCAGCCAGCGGCUCGUGGAGGAGAUACAGCAAAACCAUCCGAUGCUGCCCCACUACCGGCCACCGGGUCCGCUACCGAUGGGCGUACCACCUCCACCGGGCGGUCCGGGCCAGAUGCCUCCGAUGCCACCGCACGGCGGCAACUUUAAGCACCCGUUCAUGCCGCACCAUCAUCCAGGAUUUCCGCCCAACUGGAACGCGCCCCCGCAGAUGCACCACGGCAAUAUGCACCAUCACGGUGGUCAUCAUCAUCCGGGCUUCCCGGGUGGACAUCACCACUUUCCUCAGCAGCAGCAGCAGCAGCAGCAACAGCAGGGACAAGGACACCAUCAUCAUCAUCAUCAACAGCAGCAGCAACAUCAUCACCAGCAUCAGCAGGGUGGCGGGCAUCGUUUGCACAAUGGAAAGCAGAAUCGGAACUACGAGUACGAUGAGUACGCGAACAUGAUGACGGAGCGGGCGAAACACUGGCUGCUCGGCAUUCAGCUCUCGCAGCUGAACAAGGACACGGCCUACUACAACGAUUACUACUUCUGCGUAAUCCGCGACCGGAAGGAGCGCGAGCGAGGCGCGGAGCGGGAAAGCAAAGCGCACAAGGACAACACGUUCUACCAUCCGUUCAGCCAGCAGCAGAACCAGCAGCAGCAGCAGCAGCAGCACUGGAACGGGUUCGGGCGGGAGCGUCGCAAUUCGGAGAACUCCACCUCCACGAAGGACGGCAUCAAGGAGAUACAGCCCCGCCGCUACAAGCUGGUGCAGUUCGAGAAUUCGCUCGGAAAGCUGCAGUGUGGCAGCGUGAUUGCACCGCGCAAGAUCAUCGACCAGGAUGUGGUGGUGGAUCGUUCCGUCGCCGAGGGCGGCAGUGGCCCCGGCGGACCGGGCAGCGGUACCGGAGGGAGCGGUGGUGCUCCCGGCAGCUCCGACUCGGUGCACAAUCAGCGCCGCUCGCGACAGAUUCUGCUGCACGUGGAGAACCUUUACCGGCUGCUGCUGCGCCUGGAGGACAUGUCGAACCAGCUGGCGAUCGAGGCCAAACAGCAGAUGCGAGAAAAGCGCGACAAGGAGCGCCUGCUGGCACAGGAAAAGCUGGCCAGCGGCGGUACGGACGAGCAGAACAAUGUGAGCAGCAGCGGCGGCGCGGGUCAGAUGGCGGCCGUACCGGCAGCGACGGUGUCCGAGGUGGAACAGGAUACGGUGGAGAAUCUGAUCGAGCGCAUACUGCCGUGCGUGAACGCGGAGGGCGUGCUGCGGCUGCUGUCCGUGCGCAAGGGCAAGCUGCUGCUAACGCGCAUCCAGAAGGCGCUCGGCGAACAUACGGCCCGCUGGACGAUCUGGUGCACGGUGCUGGCCACGCUGGUUGCCCUGCCGAAGCGCGAUCGGGAGGACGCGGAAGAUCAGCUCAGUCCGCUGUUUGCUGAGUUUGAGCUGCACGUGAAGUAUGCACAGGCCGGCGAGUUGAUGCCGCUUUUCGAGACGCUGCUGAACACUGACCAGUUGCUCAGCUUGGUGCCGCGGUGCAAGUUCCUGCUGCUGACGAUGCUCACUCUGAUCGCGCAUAUGGAACACUUGACCACGAUCGAUGGGUUCGAUGGGCUGGCGGCAGUGAGCAACGGCGAUGAGGCGGCCGACAGCACUAGCAACGAUGGUGAGGAAAGCGAUGGUGGCACUGUCUCUCGCCGACUCAUCUGGUCGCGCUGGAUGAGUCUGCUGCGCGAGCUGGCACGUGUGCUGGACAGUGUGGCCGCUGUUGCGGUCGGUAGCAAGCCCCAGAAAGUACUGCUCAAGCUGGAUUCGUCCUGUGGCAAGGUGAAGCAGCUGCGCGCACACCUACAGCGCCAUCCGGAGCUGGAGCUGGAGCGCAAGCUUCGGGCCAUCGUAUCGAUCAUCGACAUUGGCGGUCCCUCGUCCCUGGCACCGACGGCGGAAGGAUCGGCGUCCGGCGAGGAAGUAAGCAAAAAAAAAACCUUAAAGGACGACGGGUCUCGUGGAGUAAAAACAUAGAAACCUCAGGCUCUUCAA